CAGCCUCUCACUUCCCCAGCUGCUGACGUCAGCUGGCAGCCUGGGCUGAGCUCGCGGCUCCGCACACAGAGCCGAGGAAAAAAUGCUGCUCUCCGUACCGCCACGGGCAGGACUCAACCCCUACAACGGCUACAACAGCAGAAACAGCAAAAAGCAGGCCUAUGUGUCCUCCGGCCACCAGAUGGCGCCCCCCAGUCCCAACACCAACAGUAGCAGCAACAGCAGCAGCGGGGGAGGGGAACAGCUGAGUAAAACGAACCUGUACAUCCGGGGCCUCCAUCCGGGGACCACGGACCAAGACCUGGUCAAACUCUGCCAGCCGUAUGGCAAGAUUGUAUCAACCAAGGCCAUCUUGGAUAAAACCACCAACAAAUGUAAAGGUUAUGGCUUUGUAGACUUUGACAGUCCAGCGGCAGCACAGAAAGCUGUCACAGCUCUGAAGUCCAGUGGGGUCCAGGCUCAGAUGGCCAAAUAUGUACAGCAACAGGAGCAGGACCCCACCAAUCUCUACAUCUCCAACCUGCCUGUGUCUAUGGAUGAGCAGGAGUUGGAGAGCAUGCUCAAAUCCUUUGGCCAGGUCAUUUCCACGCGUAUUCUGAGAGAUGCCAACGGGACCAGUCGCGGCGUGGGAUUUGCCAGAAUGGAGUCUACGGAGAAGUGCGAGGCCAUAAUCCAGCAUUUCAAUGGGAAGUUCAUCAAGACCCCACCGGGAGUGCCUGUCCCCACAGAGCCCUUAUUAUGUAAGUUUGCGGACGGAGGUCAGAAGAAGAGGCAGAACCAGGGGAAGUACCUCCAGAAUGGAAGGCCCUGGGCCAGAGACGGAGACACGGGAGGAAUGACGCUCGCGUAUGACCCCACAGCCUUACAAAAUGGAUUUUACUCCUCACCCUACAGUCUGGCUCCAAACCGAAUGAUCGCCCAGACUUCCCUCUCACCCUACAUGCAUUCUCCCGUCUCAUCUUACCAGGUGCACAGCCCGUCCUGGAUGCACCAUCAGUCAUACCUCAUGCAGCCAGCUGGUACAGUUCUUACCCCAACAAUGGAUCACGCUAUGUCCAUUCAGCCCACGUCCAUGAUGGGACCUCUCGCCCAGCAGCUAAGCCACAUGUCCCUGGGCAGCACGGGCACAUAUAUUCCGGCCAACACAACUAUGCAGGGGACCUACAUCCCCCAGUACACCCAAGUGCCUCCCUCCAGUGUCGCAGUAGAGGAGAACGGCGGUCAACAGCAACAGGUCGCCAUGGAGACUCCCGCAGAACAUACAAACUACUCGUACCAACACAACAAGUGAAGCUAUAUGCAGGGUGGGGCUGAGGGCACGAAAGAAUGAAUCCAACCAAACCGGAUUCAGCUGGAAAAGAUCUGUGCUCCACACCACCACGCACCUGGACUUGAACAUGGAUAACAAAAGGAAUGUGUGUGUGUGUGUGUGUGCGCGUUUGUUUGUGUGUGUGUGUGUGUGUGUGUGUGCGCGCCUGUGUGUCUGUGUGUCUGUGUGUGCCUGCGGUGUUUGUGUAUUCAUUUUUUAUUUUAUUUUUUUUCGAAAAAAGACAACACUUACUUCAUUGGACUUUUCUGCUCACAUGCUCACGAGUCGAUCAACCAAAGGUGGGAAUCUUCUUCUAAGAAGCUUUGAUCUAUUUUGAUAACUGAUAAAAGGAACAUAACAAGGAGUUAAACAAACAAAAAAAACAGAAAAAAAACUUAAGAGAGGGGGGAAAGACACAGAGCAUUAUUUUUGUGCACGUAAUAUAACAAAUUCUUAUUUUUAAAAAGAGCAUUCUGGACGUGUCAGAGUGAUUCGAGAAAGAGUUGAAACACAAUGUGUCUUUUAUUUUUUUGUAAAAUAUGCAAACUUUUAUUUUUAUUUCCUGAUGUGUGUUGUUUGACGUCCUAUUUGCAGCAGUCGGGGCGGGGGGGUCAACAAUUUGUACAGAUUUCAAAACCUUACAAACACCUGUGCUGGUCUGGUGUGUGGAGUCAUGGUCAACCGGGGGAGGCAAACCGUUUAAAGCUACUUCUUCCUGUAACUGCUGCAGAGAUUUCUAUCCAUGCACAGAUGAUGAUAACAUUGACUGUUUAUAGUUUAGUCAAAUCGAUUUUUAAUUAUUAUUUUUUUAACAUUUCUUUCAGAAGUGAACAAAAGACAAUCAAUUGAUUCUAUUUAUAUUUGAAUUGUAGUUCUAUUUGUUUUAAAGAUUUUUUUAAAAGAGUUUUUAGAUCAUUGAGACACAUUAAUAAAAAAUAAAGUUAUUUAAUACAUUAGUUUGUAAAGACAAGAUCAUAUGGACUUUAACGGAUCUUUACGCAACACACUUAUGGAGAGCUCUAAUGUUUGACUCAUUAAUUAAACUUUUUUUUGAGGUUGAACUCUAAAUUCAAUUUCAAUUCAUUGCACCAUCAAAAUAAAAAACAACGCCAUCAAAAUAUCACCUGUUCAAGCCAAUAGUCGUCCUGCUUUGUCAUCAUGUGACUCCAUAUGACAUCCUUGCCCAUGGGAAGUGGUUUUAAGCGGUUUUGUUGUGGCAAACCUUCAGGUAUCAUUAAAUUCAUCCGCCUCCGUCGAAGGGAUGAAGUGAACAUGCUUCAGUUCCGAGCAGUUCGAUUACUGAAACAUUUUGUGUACAAAGAACGAUGCAGUUACUAAAUUAAGAUAUAGUUUAGCAAAAGCAAAGAGGGAAAUCAAAUGGAGGACUAACAAAAUCCCGGAGAAUAAUUUGUCUGAAAGCUAAGGGAGUUGUAAGUCAGUUUUUUUUUUAUUCAAUGCUGCUGUUGUCACCUGAGUUUGAUUCUCUGUCAGUGAUUUUUAGUUUGUAGAAAGUUAAAUGUCUUUUUCUCGUCUGUCACUUGAAAACCUUUCUGCUAAUUUGCCUUAUUUCUUUUGAUGACUUUAUCUUGAACGUAUAUUGAACCCUAGCUGUAGAUUUUAGCCUCCUCUAGAGAGUAGAUGUUAGUUUUUUCCUCUGCGUAGGGAUUGAUGCUGUUUCUCUUGUGCACAUCAGGUUUUCUCCACACUUUUGUUUCUACACAUGAACUUCUGUUCCCAUCGUCGCGUCGUCUGCCCCGAGAGCUGAACCAAACAGUGACGGCUCAUUUCGCGCUGAUCCAAACGAUUCAUACUGAUGCUGCAUCGGCGCUGCGGCUCCACAAGGCUUCGCACGCAAAACAACCCAGUGUGUGUUCCGAUCAGCGCGUUGAGUGAAGCUCACGUCACCACGUACAGUGCAUCCAAAUAUGUUGAACUUUUAAUUUAUGCAGACAUCAAAAACUGUAGAUAUGUAGAUAAUAGAAAUACUGGUUCUACAAAGCGACUGCUCACUAGACCAUGGAAGUGCCAUUAUCAAAGAUGAUUCUUACAGCCUUUAGUGGGACAGCGAGUCGAUAUGAAUUUGUGAGUGAUCCAAAAUUCUGCAAAAACAAUUUUUUUAGCUCAGCCUUAAUGUUUUGAAACUGCCUGAUAUUUCAUAGGAUUGACACUAAGUUGUAUAUACUGCGGAAAAGGCAACAGGCUUGUUUUGGAUGCCACCAAGUUAGUCGUCAUGUCGGUCAAGUUAGCUUCAGGGUUUCAGGGAGCUUCUAUUCCCGCUCCUCAACCAUCCAUGUUGGGAUCCACUGAAAAACGCAGUGUGAUAGCGUCUUUCUCAAGGCACGCAGUUUGAUGAUUCUGUUUCUGACUCUUUGUCUUUUAAAAAUGUCUUUUUUCAUGUUUUUGCUGUGUUCCUCCGUUGUCCGUCUCUGCAACCAAAGACGUUGUAGCCACCCUUCUGUUUCGCUCUCGGUCACAGAUGAAGUGCUCUCAACCACAUACGAUUGUCAGUUGUCUGUAGCUGGAUAAAAAUGCGUGUUUUUGUUUUUAUUUGUUUCUGAUAGAUUCAGAAAGAGAAAAAUUGUAAUUUGGGUGUUUACAUGCACGCAAUAUGUGGUGUUGUUUUCACCAUGGGAGUCUGUGUGGGUUUUGCUAUGAUGGUAAAAUGGGGUUCCAUCACUGGGUCUUUUGAGACUAGAAAAGUGCUCUAUAUAUAAAUGCAGUCCAUCUAAAAAAAAAAAACUGCACUGCAACUACACACAACAGAAACCCAAUAGGCGAACGUGCUGCAGACACUCACAACACAACCCAAUACAGAAACGAGCUGCAGGCAGUGUAGAGGACGACGGACGUGAUGAACCUGACUGAGACGUUGAUGUUCAGGCUGUAGGUUGACGGCCUAUGUCUGUAAUGAUCAAACACACUGUCCAACAGCUUUUGUCUAUUGAGUUGUGUGUAUUUGCAGCACACGUGUAGUCAAAUUGAAAAAGAUUUCCUUUUUUUUAAAUUCGCUUGUUUCGUCUAUUUGCAUAUUCCCCCGAAUUCCCACCGUGCAUGUAAACAGACUCACUACGACCUUAUACAGAGGGCAGCUUUUUAUGAGAGCGAGAGAUUUCAGACACAAGAGCUCAUUUUGUAAAUAGUCUUUAAUUUCCUUUUUCAUCUUUCUGAUUGUUUCUUCCUGUGUGUGUUUUCUUGAUUAUUUUUUUUUAUGAUUUAAAACCUGUCCAGACAACACAGUGACUAGCUAGUUUUCAGAUUCAGUGCACCAUGAAGGAAAAUGUCAUGGAUAUUGUUUAUAUGUUCAGAGAAAUGAUAUUCCAUGUAUUAGCCAUCACUUUUAAUACAAAAACAGGAUUUUGGAACUAUGAAAUGACCACUUGUUACAAUACAGUGUUUAUUUAUUUGGGGGGGGGUUAUUAUUGUUUUUUUCUUUUUUUACAAACUUGUCAGUGGUGAUGCUCCAAAAUGAGUUUGCAUCAUGAAAAUGAAAGGACCUUGAACUUUUUAGAUUGUAGGAAUGAUCAGAGGCAUACUCUACAGACUACACAAUAUUUGGGGGGGGGGGAGAUAAAUAAAUAAAUCUCCUUGCACUUAUUAUUUUUGGUCCACACCAGUUUAAAAUUACUUUUUUUUGUCCAUCCUAUUGUAGAUCUGAUGGCUUAUUUCAUAGCUUCAAAAUGUUUUGCUGCUAAAAUAGGAUUUCCAAGCAGGUGGUUAGAUGUUGCCCCAUCUGGAUUUUCAAAAUGUCUCCUUUCAUUUUAUGUACUUGAUACUAGUGGCCCUCAUAUUUUUAACAAUACCUUCAUAGUACUAAUAUGUAGUAAAUAGUUUACUAUUAUUGUGCUGACGGGCAGUUUAAUAAGUAUUUGACAGAAAUGUUGUCUUCGGGUGACAUUUCUGAACAGGAAAUACUAAAAACUUGUCCUGUAGCUCAACACUGUAUGAACCAGGUUUGUGUGAAUCACAGACAUUUUGAAAAUACGACAGGCUUUGUCUCACUUCCUGCUUGUGAAAAGUUUUCUUAUUUAUACAAGAACUCAUUUUGUACAGUUUUGUUAGAGGAAAGAGGUUUUGAUAUUUUGUUAUUUUGCAAAGCCACUUGGCUUCUUUUGUCUUCCUGUGCCAGAGUUGCUAAAAAAUGUCUGUAACUUGUGUUUUUUUUAUUGAUUGAAAUAAGAUUUUCCUUCUUUCUUGGUUUUCUCUUUGAAUUUGAAUAUGUCCAUUUUUUCUUCCUUUUUUAAAAAUAAAAGUCUCGUUUCAA